CCCGUCCAAUCGGAGUCUGCGAUACCACACUGCGUAUGCGCCGAGAUCGGACUCAAUCUGGUUGCAUAUAGAUGCCUGUAUGGUCGCCGCGCAGACUUAAGCUUCGGAAUAUCUGAGUUGUCCGCGAAACUGUAACUGUUGAUGUAGCAGCAGACGCGGCUGGCUGGAGGGAAUCCGACGUGAUAUUUUGGCACAACGGAUCAAGUGCGGCGGCCUGUCCCGCUCUACUCAUCUCAUGUAUGGGAUGUUUGUGCUCAGCUGCCAACCUCUUCCAUCGGCAGCGCAGGCAGCGUACGACGCAUGUUUACCAUUCCUCUAGAUUUUCUUUGAUUUCAGGUAGCGGAAGUCGAUAAUCUGAUCUUCCACAAGCUUCAAUCGCCGUGUCAGCCUGCCUUUGCAUCGGAUAGAACCACUUAUAUGAAGCUCAGGUCAGCAUGCAUCCUCUGUCCUGGUGUAUGACUAUCACACAAAGUCGCUUAUACAUCACUCGAGGUAAGACCCGAUCGGCGGGUAGAGUGGCUCCCAACUACGAACAGCGUGUCGGAGCACGUAAAUAAAUAGGUGUCAGGGAAGGAAUCAUCCAAGCAACCCACCUUCUCCCAGUCCUUCACGAUACCGCUGCGCUGCUGCUUCGAUCCUUCAGUAUGGCGGACAACUCAGAGGUGAAGGCCCUGUCCGAGGUCUUCUUCGGAAAUUGCUGGACAUACGCGGGCGCCGCACUAUUAGCUUAUGACUACAUCCUCACGUUCAACAGCGAGGUGACACUCUUCUGGAUGGGAGGCCGUCUGUCCGGGGCGACAAUUCUCUUUCUUCUCAACCGAUACAUCACUCUCGCAGCACAAAUAUUCAAUGCGGCUCCAAUCCCUCCGUCUGUGGAGAGCGCAUUUUCGGAACAUGUUGUUAACAUUGUAUUGUUAGCCUUACAGUAUCCCCCAUGGGCUGCAUUUUCAGCACUCAGAUCAUAUGCUUUGUGUCCCAACCCAUAUCGAUGGCCUAUUUCAGCAACUGUUUUUGCACUCUCUUUGGUGCCCUUCGUCACAAAUAUGUGGGGAAACCUGUACAAAAUGUCAUUUGUCGACGAUCCCAAACUGGGCAUGAUACCCACUAAUCCGAUAUCGUCGAGCACACAGUUGAAACUGGAGGCGGCAACGCGAUCUUCUAUGAUUGCUUCUGAUUUCCUGGUUCUCUGCGUUACCUGGUAUCGAACAUAUGAGACCGCCAAGCUAACUCUCCGUAGCCUUGGAAAUAAAACGUUCGCAAGCAUUCUCCUCCUAGAUGGUGUUGAGCACAACACACUUGUAAAUGAUGCAUUGACUGCUGCCGCUGUGCUCGAGUGGUCCUUGUCCCCCAUCCUGACCUCGAGGUUCCUCAUCGACUUGCAGAAGGCACAGCGCAAGCUGGAGGCCUCUUCUAGGUCGUUCUCACUCGGGGAACUUGAAUUCGAACCGCAGACAUCGAGGAACACGAGCCGCUUGAUUGGGUCUUUGGGAGCUCAGCUCGCGUUUCACGAAGACGAGGACGAAGCGAACGAGAUGGAAGAUGCAUCGUAGAUGCUGCCAGUCAGCAGACAUGCCUGCAGUGGUGCAGUUAUGAGUGGCUUGUCUGUAUCUUUCUUGGGCCAUCAGAUCACCCGUAGAUCAUAACAUAUUCGCCUUGUACCUAGAAUGACGGUGACGAACUCGCGAAGAUUCCUUACGUAAUUUAAUGACCAAGCAGCC